AUGACCAUUCACGACUUGGCAUUCAACCAGGACUUCACGUGCCUUCUGAUGUCCACAGAUGAAUGCCACAAGAUCUUUAACUGCGAUCCUUUUGGCGAAUUCUACCUGGCUGGGAAAGAUACAGACAACGGCGCCACGGCGUUUCUACGUAUGCUAUUCUCGACGUCUUUGACCAUAAUGGUACCCGAUGGUGGAGCUGAGACGGGAAAACGUGUGCUCAAAGUGUUCAAUUUGAAACAAAACUUAAAGAUCUGUGAGCUCACGUUCCCACUGAAUAUCGUGGAUUUGAUGCUCAACAGAAAGCGUAUGAUAGUGUUCUUAGAGGUGGGGCAGAUCUACAUCUACGAUUUGAGCAGCAUUCGACUUAUAAAAGUGCUUGAAAUUAACUCAUUCAUCAAGAAACACGAGGACGACGAUCUGACAGUGGUGGCCGAUUUAAGUCCUGACGAUAACUCCUACUUGGUGUUGCCCUUGCUGGCUAUCAAUGAGCAAACGGACUUGUUCAACACUGAAUGCGUUGCUGGUACCAGUCAGCCGGACACACCGGUGCUCAAACCCAGUGAUUCUCGUAUUGUCAGCUCAUUAGACGAGCUUAUUGAGUUCACCCAGAAGAACAAACAAUCGUCACUUGCAAAACAAGAAACCAUCACGUUGGAGGACCUACAGAAAGACUCACCGGGGUGGAUUCUUGUGUACGAUACUAUAAACCUCCGGCCCCGACUUAUUUACAAGGCACACGAUGCUGGCAUAGCAAAAGUAGCAAUCUCGAACACUAGCGGCGAGAUCGCCACGGCCUCGACUAAAGGAACUAUUAUUCGUGUUUGCCACCUUAAUUUCGAACUACUUGACCAUUUCAAAAAGUUAAAGAUCUCGCAUGUGACCAAUCUUCGUCGUGGACACAAUCUCUCCACCAUCAAUGCGCUCAAGUUUAACGUGGACUCUACCAUUUUGGGAUGUAGCUCCGAGAGCAAUACCAUCCAUUUUUUUCAGGUUGAUGCAGACUCUUCCGCCAAUGCAGACGACGAAGAGGAGGCCUAUUCCAGCGACGAAGACGCUAAAAGUGGACGUUCGUCCCAGGAAGACCUCAAUGAGAAUUUGGCCAGUUUGCUUGUUCUGAAACGACCCGAUGAGUCGCCUGUGAAGGAGGCGGAGCAUUCGAAUUCAUACUUUUCUGCGUUCAGACGCUCCAGUAAGAUCUUGAACAAUCUGUACACGAAGUUGAUCAUGAAGAAGCUUCCCUACAGAGACUAUCUUGACAACUUGCUCUGGACCAAGCCACGACGGUCUUUUGCAUACAUCAAGUUACCUGAGCAAAGUACACAGUCACGAAAGAAAUAUGUGGAAAUAGGGUUUAGUGGAAGUGGCUCAUUGAUGUUGGCAUCGUAUAUUACGGGCACUUUCUACCAUUACCAAUUGCCCAAGCCGCAUGGAGGAGAGGAAAGAGAGAAGUGUGUUUUACUUUCGCAAAAUAGCUUGCUAGAGUAG